CCUCCGUACCCGCUGUCCGUGUCUAAGCUGCUAUGCUAACGGCUAGUUGCUGUCCCAUCGAACUCCGGGAAACUGUGACCGGCGAGCGAUGGCGGGCGUGCACCCGCAGGACGACCUGCUGAAGAUGACGCACAGAGAAAACUGGAAGGUGCAGCACGAGCGCCUACACGUCAAGCACCGGGGCCACGAGGCCAUGCACGCGGAGAUGGUGCUGAUCCUGGUCGCCACGCUCGUAGUGGCUCAGAUCGUCCUGGUCCAGUGGAAACAGCGCCACCACAGGUCCUACAAUCUGGUGACUCUUGUCCAGAUGUGGGUCGUCCCCCUUUACUUCACCAUCAAACUGUACUGGUGGAGGUUUCUGUCCAUGUGGGGAAUGUUCUCCGUCGUCACCAGCUACGUCAUCUUCAGGGCCACACGCCGGCCGCUGUCCUGCAGGACGCCAAGGAUGGUCUACAAGUGGUUCCUGCUCAUCUACAAGCUGAGCUAUGCAGUCGGCGUCCUGGGUUACCUCGCCAUCAUGUUUACCAUGUUUGGAUUCAACGUCUUCUUCAGGAUCAAGGCGGAGGACUCUAUGGACGUAGGAGUGAUCAUGCUGUUCUACGGUCUUUACUACGGCGUCAUGGGCAGAGACUUUGCUGAAAUCUGCUCCGACUACAUGGCUUCUACAAUUGGGUACUACAACAAGGGAGGCAUGCCCAGCCGGAGCCUGACCAGUGACAUCUGCGCCGUGUGUGGUCAGAGGAUCCUGGUGGACGUGGAGGAGGAGGGGAUUAUAGAAGACACCUACCAGCUCUCCUGUGGACACAUAUUCCACGAGUUCUGCAUUCGCGGCUGGUGCAUCGUGGGUAAGAAGCAAACGUGCCCGUACUGCAACGAGAAGGUGGACCUGAAGAGGAUGAUGAACAACCCCUGGGAGAAGACGCACGUCCUCUACGGACAGCUGCUCGACUGGCUUCGAUACCUGGUUGCCUGGCAACCCAUAAUCAUAGGCAUCGUUCAUGGGAUCAACUUCAUACUGGGCCUCGAAUAGAUCCCUGAGGAACGCCUCUGCUCGAUGUCGUCCAGCGUGAAGUGCCACAAACUUUAAAGAGUCAAAACCUGUCAGAGGAACUGGCUUUGGUUCUUUUAUGUUCUUCUUCCGUUAGCGUCUUCUUGGACGCUUUGAAAGCUUGCGAUGCUUCGCCAUAGAGUGAUCCCAGUCGGUCACGGGUUGACCUUGAGAGUGGCCGACACCAUCGAACCAAAAUAGCUGCUACGUGUUUAGACCCAGAUCCAGUGUUAGAUGUGUGUCGAUCGGACCUUCAGGAAGCGUAGCAUGCAUUUGUGUUGUUUUUCAAAAAUACUUUUUAAAACGCUCGGUCCUUUUACAAAGACUUGUUCUGUGAAGCCGUGGCAUUUUUUUUUGUUUUGCACAUCUGCCAGAAAGAAAAGAAAAGACGAUUCUGUCCGAAUUGUCGCGUUUACAUUUCAUUUAACGUUGUUCAUGACUGAAGGUUAAUUUAUUUCCGUUUUAUUAAGGUGCCUGAAGCUGAAGUUGACGCCAAGUCGUCGUCACAGUAGCAUUCGCAGUAUUUACGUCUUCAAAACUUUUGCCACGUAAGAAAACAAACAUCAAGGCUCAAUCAAUCGAUGGUUGAGGAUACUGGGAAUGUUUUUACCUCCGUCAGAACGACAAAUGACACAGUGUUGCUUUCUUGCUGCUGUUAACAUUAUAUUUAAUUGAUAUUAAAAAGUUUUUCCUAUGGUUUUA